AUGCCACGUAGGCAAUUUCAGGCCGACCUCCAGAAGGCUGCCGAUGGUCUCCACCUAGCUGCUGGCAUCUCGCAUGUGCGACCAGGCGCUGACGAUGGCGAGUUCACCUUCACUUGUAUGGCUGAUGGCCAGCCGCUCAAUGUCUCCGCUCUCGUUACAGAUGUCUCUGAAUAUCCUUCGAGCCACACCUGCAUGAUCUUCGCAGGGGAUAACGCCUCCGCAGGUGUUGCUGCCGCGCUCAAUGAUAUCACCGAUGCCGCUACAGCCAAGACGAUACCUCAGAUUCUCGAGCUUGUGUCUAGUAGACUUGAGUCGACUGAUGGCGACGGUGAUAGCCAGAUGGUUGGUUCGCAAGAAUUUGAUGAUUUCGAGGGUUACGAGGAUGAAGACGAGGCCGAAGAUGAAGAAGACUAUUUUCCUGGUGACGACGAUCUCCUACCCAAGCCUCCCAUCUCACACAUUUCAGAAUCUGGUGAACCCUCUGUAGCGGCCACAUCCGAAUUCAAGCACCGUGUUCGGAAUGACCUUUUAGUCGCCAAGAGUGAGGGUUUCAAGGUAGGACAUCUAGGAGGUCUCAUGGUGGGCCUGGGAUGCUAUGUAUCCCUAGCCAUUCGUAUAUCCAAGCUAGGCAUCUCAGAAGAAGCUAUGAAGGCAUGGCAGGUUGAGCCUUCGGAGUACCUUGUCGCAAUAUGUCACUACCCGUUAGGGUACAAGAGCAUGGAUGACUACCGGUCCUAUGAUGCCCAUCAAGCUCGCCGCAACUUUGGAGUCCGUAUCGGUGUAUCGACGACCUACAAGCCGACCAUACAAGAGGCUGUUGCAGCGUUUUCUGUGGUGAACAAAGAGAAAGGGAAUGAGCGAGAGGAUUCCCAACAGGGUGAAUCUCAAAAUACCUUGCCUGCGCAGUCGAGCGGCUUCCGCAAUUCCUUUGUUUCCAGGCCCUUGAAUGAGCUAUUUGAGCAACGAUUCUCUAUGCUCUUAAAAUACCGGUACGGAGGAAUGCCGUGGCAAGGUGCUGAACUGUUCUACAACGAUGUGCUCUUGAACUCAUCAUACGGAGGGCAUGACGCCACGGAUGAUAAAUACUACGAGGACGAGCGUGUCAGCACUGCUUGGCCCAAGAUUGUUACCGCCGAUCACAUCACCUCUUCGGUCGGCCAGCCGCAUUCACUACCUCUGGUCAGCAUGCAGUUUGUGCUAAGGCAUUUCGUGCGGUGUACCGAGUUCUGCUUGAUUUGUUUCAGCAAGAUGUCGGACGACCUGCAAGCAAUCAAGCCAUACGUCUGCGACAACCCGCUGUGUCUGUAUCAGUAUAUGUCACUGGGUUUUGGUCCAAGCAUAGAGCACGAAAUAACCUCUCAGCCCAAGGUCGUGGAUUUAUUGGUCAGCUUUUGCUAUUCCAGCGCGCGCGCUGGAAGGCUAAAGGAAUUUCCUACUGGUCUCAGUCUGGCUGUUCCGCCUCCCGUGUCCAAUGAACAAGGAAGGUCUGUACAUGAUACUCCACCAGUAGCUGCGAUGAGUAUGCGGUUCAACGAGGCCAACCUAGAGAUGCUUUUCGAAAAGUCUAGGGCGCCUUGCCCCGUAACGCCUGGCUCUUGGGUCGUCAUUCGGGUGGAUGAGGAAAUCGAUAAAGUCAUGCACUGUCGAGUGAUUGACACUUCACUUUAUCCAUCGGUGAAGGUAUCCAAGCCUGUCAUUGCAGCUAUCGCUGACGCCUCGAACGAUGAGUACAUACACCCACAUACGUUGCCAUCAUACAGAGAUCAGGCCCCUCAUCAGACUAGCAAGAUAUACUCAAAACCAGUCCAGAGAGAUUACUUUCGGUCUGCCAGUUUCUAUCUCUACGAUCACAACUUUGAUGAUCUCAAAGAUCACGAGAAGCAACAGACGAUAAUAUCGCUGUUGCACGUGCUUCCGCCUGUCGAGGAGAUGAGAAAAUAUCUGUUGCGCAAAUCAGAGUCCCCUCUAAGUUCUUGGGUUGAUCGCCUGCCCUCUGCUGCCCUUGGAGUCUUACGUUGGAUUAUUGCCUCAAACCGGGCUUGUAUUCUGCAGGUGGAUGAGGGAGAUUCCCCGAGCGGCCGCAAAGCUGAAGGGCGACUCUAUGGGAUGGGCGGCUGGGCACAAUUCCGUUUCGCAAUGGGUGCGCCUGACAAGGAACGCCGCUUCAUUGAGGCAGUACGGCAAACUAAAGAGAGGCUGCAUCUUAAAUACCCCACUAUCUUUGCCUGGCAUGGCAGUCCGCUCCACAAUUGGCACAGCAUCAUUCGAGAAGGUCUUCAUUUCAAGGAGACGCACCAUGGACGAGCCUUUGGGCAUGGAGUUUAUCAUGCCCCUAACGUAAAUACAAGUUUAGGAUACUCCAACAUGCAGGUAGGCGCUUCGUGGCCGAUGAGCGAACUCAAAAUCCAGCAGGCAUUGGCUCUGAACGAAAUUGUAAAUGCGCCAGGGGAGUAUGUCAGCCAGAACCCACAUUUGGUCGUCGCGCAACUCGAUUGGAUUCAGACUCGCUAUCUCUUUGUAAGGAAACGUGCCGACGUCUCUAGUACCGCUGCACCUAAUCCAGUCUCAAAACCACUAGAGUUUGUUGAACAAGAUCCAAGUCGAACUCCUCUUGGCGUUGAUGGACCGCUCAUCAUCCCAAUACACGCUAUUGCUGCAUCUCGGCGGUACAAGCCGACUAUCUAUGGAUUAUCCAAGAGGCAGAAAGCUUCUGGGAAGCCUCGGUUUGAUAUAGAGGCUGCUUGCGAGGAUGAUGAUACAGACAGCGUUGCAACUCUUGAAGAGGAUCUCGUUAUUUUCAAUGAAGAUAAGCAUCAGAACGAUAGCUUCAAGCCACAGUACUCUGAAGAGUCUAUCCCUACGCCGAACUCGAUCAUGGACGGUAAAGGCAAGUCCAAGAUGGCAGCGAUUUCAUCGUUCUCAUCAAAGAUCUUCGGCAAGUCAACUCAGAAGGUACCACAGAAGCCUCUUACCGACUACAUCUCCGGCACUCUGGAUUACUCAAGUCUUCCCAUGAUUGCGACUCCAGUAUGGGCGACUACAUCUGCCACCAAACGCCUGAUGAAGGACUUUAGAGACAUCAUCUCUAUUCAGAACAGGGAGCCGCUUCAUGAACUAGGAUGGCACAUUGACGAAGAUAAGAUCGAAAACAUCUACCAAUGGAUUGUGGAGCUCCAUUCGUUCGACCCCAAGUUACCACUAGCGCAGGAUAUGAAGAAGAGGGACAUCAAGAGCAUUGUUCUGGAGUUGCGCUUUGGCAAGGAUCAUCCCAUGAGUCCACCCUUCGUCCGGGUCAUCCGCCCUCGCUUCCUUGGUUUCAAUCAGGGUGGAGGUGGUCACGUCACUGCUGGUGGUGCCAUGUGCAUGGAACUUCUGACCAACGACGGCUGGAGUGCUGUUUCCUCUAUCGAAUCUGUUCUCCUUCAGGUCCGAAUGGCCAUCUGCAGUGUGGACCCAAAGCCAGCUCGUUUGGCGCCAGGUGGUCCGUCAGAUUAUUAUGUUGGCGAAGCAGUCGAAGCGUACAAGCGGGCUUGCAAUAUCCAUGGGUGGACCAUUCCUCCGGGUUUCAAUGAGACGGCGUCGGAUGGUUCGGGUACAGCUAACCCAUACUAAAUGAGGCCGUUAGAGGAAUGGCAGUGACAAAAACUACACAGUCAUGAUCUGGCUCUUAUGAGAGGGGGAAACGGGUAUAGGGUGUACAGCGCCUGAGCUGCGUCUUACGUAGCUUUUACCUUUUUCUUGUUUCUUACUUUUUUCUUCUUUCCACUAAGUUUUCAAAAAGGCGUCUAAGGGGAUCAAGGUGCAUUGGGCGGAUAGGCAUGGGACAUGAUACCUCAUGAAUAGCAAUCAAAAACAUAGCAAUGAAAGCGUUCUCUUUU